AUGCGGCCACCACGAAUCCUCAAUCGCACACGCGAGGCUCGCAGCAUCCUUGCCCUGGGCAAUCGCCAACCCUCACGAUGGCUUUCCUCAUCAGGUGGCCUACGAGCGCCUCGGAGCGGUAGCAUCCCUUUGGCGGCUCCUCUAGCCACCGCAAGCUUCUUCCUGUCGAAUCGAGCGGUUGAUCGAUCCAAUUGCCUCGACUCAAUCAUCUCAAAACACCGGUUCCGACAAACCUCAGCGUCCACAUGCACCUCGGCGCGCCACGCCAGAAGCCAAACCACCGGCACCUUUACGGCCAAUAUCCAAGAUACACCCCAAUUGAGCUCGCACCUACCUCCGCAUCGUCGACGACGAGCCCGAAAACAAGCGGAUGAGGCCGCAAGCGCUGCUGGGUCCUCAGCAGACGGCACUCUGCCUGCCAAUGCAUCUACCAUCCUCACAAACGUUGCCGCGGCGCAGCCAGCGCAUUCUUUCCGCCGAACCCUCUCGACAUUCUUGUCGCUCUCGAAACCGCGCCUCACCGUGCUUGUGGUGCUCACAGCCAUGGCCCCGUAUGCGCUGUACCCUGUGCCCGAGAUGCUCAUGCCCACCAUGACCGAAACGCCGAGCUUGAGCCCACUGACGCUGCUGUUCCUGACUUCCGGCACGGCUCUCUGUUCAGCCAGCGCGAAUGCCCUCAACAUGCUCUACGAGCCGUCCACCGAUGCCAAAAUGUCGCGAACAAGAAACAGGCCGCUUGUUCGAAAACUAGUGUCGCCGCGCAUCGCCGCGCUGUUUGCCAUCCUCGCCGGUGCCACCGGCGUUGGCGCCCUGUAUUUUGGCGUCAACCCCACCGUUUCGUUCCUGGGCCUCUCAAACAUCGUGCUGUACGCGGGCAUAUACACGCCUUUAAAGGCCGUCACCGCAUUCAACACCUGGGUCGGCGCCCUGGUAGGAGGCAUCCCGCCCCUGAUGGGAUGGGCGGCGGCCGCGGGCGAGGCAGCCACCAACGACGGCUCGUGGCGCGAACUCCUCUUUGCCGGCGACGGAUCCUCCAUCGGCGGCUGGCUGCUCGCCGGCCUCCUCUUCGCCUGGCAGUUCCCGCACUUCAUGGCCCUCAGCUGGCCCAUCCGCGACGAGUACAAGGCCGCGGGCCUCCGCAUGCUCGCGUGGACCAACCCGGCGCGCAACUCGCGCGUCGCGCUCCGCUACAGCGUCGUCUUCAUCCCGCUGUGCCUGGGGCUCUGCGCCGCCGGCGUGACGGAGUGGUCCUUCGCGGCAACCAGCCUGCCCAUCAACGCCUGGCUCAUCCACCAGGCCGUGCGGUUCUGGCGCUUCGAGGGCCACAAGGGCAGCGCGCGCGGUCUCUUCUGGGCAAGCGUGUGGCACCUGCCUGGCGUCAUGAUCCUGGCGCUCCUCCAUAAAAAGGGCAUGUGGAGCCGCGCCUGGAAGAGCGUCUUUGGAGAUGACGACGGCGAGUGGGAGGAGGAGGAGCUGGAGGAGAUGGCUGGCAUGACGGCCGCCCAUGUUGCCGAGAAGGCGGGCAACACCAGGUCGUAA